UGUGGAGGGACUUAAUGCCAGAACUGAUAAAGCUGCACUUGUGUCUUUCAAGAAUGCACUCUCUGAUCCACAAAGAGCUCUUCGUAGCUGGACCCAAAAUACCUCCCACUGCAGUUGGUAUGGUGUUUCUUGUUCCAUGAAAGGAGCUCGAGUCCGGUCGCUUAGCCUUUCUAGUCUCGGUCUUUUUGGUCCUAUAACUUCUCAGCUCUCAAAUCUCAGUUCCCUAUAUAUGCUUGAUCUUUCCAAUAAUUCAUUUUAUGGCCAAAUUCCAUCCGAGCUUGGUCGUCUUUCUCACCUUCAGUAUCUGCUUCUUGACAUAAAUUCCAUCGAUGGUACUAUCCCAGUUCUUCUUUCUCAGUGUCAUAAUCUGAAAAUGAUCAAAUUAAUUGCAAACAACCUCACUGGCAACAUUCCUUCAGAAUUGGGUAAUCUGCAAAGACUUGAAACUCUCAACUUUGCUAUCAAUCUCCUCAGUGGUGUUAUCCCUGUAACAUUUGGAAAUCUAACCUCUCUUAAGAAUCUUUCCCUUGCAAGAAACCACCUCAGUGGAGAAAUUCCAAGCGAGCUUGGUCGUCUUCGAAACCUUCGUCGGAUUCAGCUGUCAGAUAAUCAGCUUACUGGAGAAAUUCCGCAAUCUAUAUACAACAUUUCUUCUUUAGUCUUCUUAUCUGUGACAAAUAACAGGCUUACUGGAAAGCUUCCAAGUGAUGUGGAUUUGGGUUCUGCUCUUCCGAAUCUCAUGGGGCUUUUCUUGGCGCAAAACAGGUUUGAAGGAAUAUUACCAAGUUCUUUAUCUAAUGCCUCAAGUAUCCGAAGUCUGGACCUCUCCACCAAUGGUUUUCAAGGGCCUAUUCCUCUGUUUGGGAGAAUGAAAGAUCUGAUUUAUUUAAAUCUUGGCAGAAAUUUUCUUUCUUCCACCACAAUGUUAAACCUCCAACUAAUUGAUUCUCUUAAGAACUGUACUCAACUCCAAGUUCUCAGGAUCUUUUCCAACAAGUUGACUGGAAAAUUUCCAAGUUCUGUCGCAAAUUUGUCAACUCAUCUCCAGCAUUUUUGCUUUUCAGACAAUUUAUUAACUGGCAGCUUCCCCCAGGGAAUUGAGAAUUUUCAAGAAUUGAUAUCCCUAUCAAUAGAAAAAAAUUCUUUUGUUGGCGAGAUACCAGAAGCAUUAACUAGCCUUAAAAGACUUCAAAGCUUUGCUGCAUUUGACAACAUGCUCUCUGGAGAAAUUCCAGAUAUUUUUGGCAAUUUCACGCAACUAUCUGAUUUAUUAAUAGGAAGAAACCAGUUUAUUGGUAGAAUACCUACUAGUAUUGGUUCAUGCAAAAGAUUGAACAUACUAGACCUAGCUGUAAACAGGCUUAGUGGGAGCAUACCAGAGGAGAUUUAUGGGCUUUCUUCUUUGGUCGCGUUGGAAUUCCAACAAAAUGCUUUAUCGGGUCCUCUACUUGCACAAGUUGGUAAUCUAAAACAGAUGCAAUUGAUGUAUGUUUUUCGCAACAAGUUAUCAGGAAAUAUUCCUGCAACAAUUGGUAGCUGUUCAAGUUUGACAAAACUCAAUCUGGCAGGUAACCAUUUCACAAGCUUCAUCCCAAGCACAGUUGGUGAAUUAGCAUCCCUGGAGACAUUAGAUCUCUCUUCUAAUAGUCUCACUGGCACAAUCCCUGAAGAGCUAGAGGAACUUCAGUAUUUAGUCAACCUUAAUUUGUCUUUCAAUUUUUUGGAAGGCCAAGUUCCAACAAGUGGAGUCUUCUUGAACCUCAGCCAUGAUAGUCUUAAAGGAAACAACAUGCUUUGCAAUAGUAACCAAACAAUUGGAAAAAAUUUGGGGCUUUCUCAAUGCAUUGCCGAAAGAAAGAACAAGUAUAUUUUGCUAAAGGUUAUACUUCCUGUUGCUAUCAUCACUUGCUUAGUAAUUUUCUUUUGCUUCAUAUGCAUAUUCAUAUGGAUGAAGAAGCAAAAAGCCAAGACGCACAGAGGAAUAAGUUUGUCCAAGGUUUUUCCUCCAAUGAUCUCUUACUCUGACAUCAGGCUAGCUACAGACAACUUCUCAGCAAAUAAUUUGAUUGGGAAAGGUGGAUUUGGGUCUGUUUACAAAGGCAUAUUUAGAAACUUUGGAGAUGAAUCCGAUAUCCGAGAAAUUGUUCUUGCUGUAAAAGUCAUUGACUUACAGCAAAGUAAAGCUCUCAGGAGUUUUGAAGCAGAAUGUGAAACUCUGAGGAACGUUCGGCACAGGAACCUUGUCAAGGUUAUCACCUCUUGUUCUAGCAUUGAACAUACAGGAGAAGAGUUCAAAGCUUUGGUUAUGGAGUUCAUAUCCCACGGAAGUUUAGAUAAGUGGUUGUAUGAAGAAGCUGAUGGUGAAGGAUCUGGGCUGUGCUUAACGUUAUUGCAAAGAUUGAAUAUUGCAAUUGAUGUUGCUUCUGCCAUGGAUUACCUGCAUAACGACUGUGAGCCACCAAUACUUCAUUGUGAUCUGAAACCUGGAAAUGUGCAAUUAGACCAUGAUAUGGUAGCCCAUGUUGCCGAUUUUGGAUUGGCAAGAUUUGCUUCUCAAGAUUCGUCAAGGAACGGGAGCAGGACAAUAGGAGUGAGGGGUUCCAUUGGUUACAUAGCUCCAGAGUAUGGAAUGGGAGGCAGUGCUUCAACAUCUGGAGAUGUGUACAGUUUUGGGAUCCUGUUGCUAGAGUUAUUCAUAGCAAAGAAACCAACUAAUGUAAUGUUCCAAGAAGGUUUAAGCCUUAGUAACUUUGCGAUGAGAGUUAACGAGAAUCAUGUCACGGAAAUUGCUGAUCCUAGGCUUUUCAAGAGUGCUGGACAGUUUUCAACGGAAAGUACAAUCACCAAUGAUUAUUUCAGCGAUCAUGAUAUUAGCAGAAAUAGCAACAGAAGCAGUUCGGCAGAGAAAGGAGAAGAGUUCAUAGCAGCUGCGAUAAGAGUUGGUUUGUCCUGUGCAGCUCAUUCUGCAAAUGAUCGUCUAACCAUGAGAGAAGCUUUAUCGAAGCUGCAAAAGAUAAAGAAAGCUGCACUACAGAUUGUUCAAGGGGACCCCCAGAUUAUGCAAGAAAUUCUCAUUGUCUGAAUUUGAUGUUAAUAUUUUGUACGACUUAAAUAAUAAUAGAAUUAGAAUAAAAUGCUUAUUGACGUUGUUUGAUAUUUUAUGUAAUCGUGGAGAUGAAUUGCAUUUUAGUGAAUUUCUUUUUUUUUUAUUUGUCAUUUUCAUGUUUUUAUCUGUUAGAAACGUAUAUAUUUCCAGUGAUUAAAUUUUUUUAUCAACAUAAUACUGAAUAUUUUAACUUUAAUUAAUUAGGUAUCCAAAAUAUUAAUUUUAUUCUAGAUAUUCAUUGAAUAUUUUGAUUUGGUUUGUUUCAAUUCGAAAUAUUUAUGUAUUAUUUUAGAUAAAUUAUAGGGUGUGGUUGUUUAUAAUGACUUUAUUAUUCUUCAAUAACUUUAUGUCCAUAUUCAAUGAAAGUUCAUAUAAUUUAAGUUAAAUUUAUAUAAAAAAAGUUUAAUAUAUAAUU